CGCUGGGCAGCAGCGGGGCCGCCGCCAUUUUGGAGGCAGCCGGAGUGUCCGCAGCUCGCCGCCUCGCCGCCCGCUGUCAGCGCAGCCCCGGCCGCGGCGCUCCGCCUCGGACGCGGCCCAUGCCCGCCGGGCCGCCGGCCCUCGCAGCCAGGCAGCGCGCCAGCGGCCUCGCCGUGGGGCGGAGGGCAGGCCCGGACCCCCAGCAGGAUAGGAAGCUUGAGAGAGAAUUCACACUGGAUGAAAAUAAUUUUCUGAAGCUGGGUAUAUUCCAGGAACUGUAACCCAAAUGUUUCUCUGUCCGCGGAGAAGAUUUCACAUUUGAAAUAACCUCUACUGAAGCUAGUUGUGUCCCAUCAACAUGUUCUGGAAGUUUGAUUUGAACACAACAUCGCAUGUGGACAAGCUGCUGGAUAAAGAAGAUGUGACACUUCACGAGCUGAUGGAUGAAGAUGACAUCUUACAGGAGUGCAAGGCUCAGAACCGCAAGCUGCUGGACUUCCUUUGCCAGCAGCACUGCAUGGAGGAGCUGGUCAACCUCAUCACACAUGAGCCCCCUGUGGAUAUGGAUGAGAAGGUCCGCUUCAAGUAUCCAAACACAGCCUGCGAACUGCUGACCUCGGAUGUGCCGCAGAUCAACGACAAGCUGGGAGGGGAUGAAACCCUGCUGAACAUCCUCUAUGACUUCUUGGAUCACGAGCCUCCUUUGAACCCUUUGCUUGCCAGUUUCUUCAGUAAGACUAUUGGGAAUCUCAUUGCAAGAAAAACGGAACAGGUGAUUGCAUUUUUAAGGAAAAAAGACAAAUUUAUUAGCCUGGUGCUAAAGCAUAUAGAUACAUCAGCGAUGAUGGACCUCCUGCUUCGUCUAAUCAGCUGCGUGGAGCCUGCGACUCUACGGCAGGAAGUACUGAAUUGGCUUAAUGAAGCAAAGAUUAUUCAGAGACUUGUGGAACUGAUCCAUUCAAGCCAGGACGAGGACAGGCAAUCAAAUGCUUCCCAGACCCUGUGUGAUAUCAUAAGAUUGAGCAGAGACCAGAGCAAUCAACUCCAGGAUAUACCUGAGCCUGAUCCACUUCUCACAGCACUGGAAUCGCAGGAAUGUGUGGAGCAGCUCCUGAAGAAUAUGUUUGACGGAGAGCAGACUGAAAAUUGCAUAGUGAAUGGAACACAAGUUCUUCUAACAUUGCUGGAAACAAGGCGCUCUGGAGUGGAAGGACUGAUGGACUCAUACACUCAGGGAUUUGAAAGGUCUUACACUGUCAAUAGCAGCAUCUUGCAUGGCAUUGAACCGAGGCUAAAGGACUUCCACCAGCUGCUGCUCAGCCCUCCCAAGAAAACAGCAAUCCUAACUACAAUUGGUGUCUUGGAGGAGCCACUGGGGAAUGCUCGUCUUCAUGGAUCUCGUCUAAUAGCUGCUCUGCUUCACACAAACACUCCCAGUAUUAAUCAGGAACUAUGCAGACUCAGUACCAUGAAUUUAUUACUUGACUUAUUUUUUAAAUACACAUGGAAUAACUUUUUGCAUUUCCAAGUGGAAUUGUCUAUAGCAGCUAUUCUCUCACACUCUGUGCAAGAGGGAAAAACUACUACUAAUGACCUAGAAAGCAAAGAAGAGGUGCUGAAUGGAAAUGUGGCCACAGAGAACUCAGAGACUCCGGGAAACGAUACCGAGAAUAUCAUGGUUACUCAUCUGUUCCAGAAGUGCUGCCUGGUGCAAAGGAUACUGGAUGCCUGGGAGGCCAAUGACAAAAUACAGGCAGAAGGUGGAAUGAGGCGAGGCAAUAUGGGCCACCUCACCCGGAUAGCCAAUGCUGUCGUGCAGAAUAUGGAGAAGGGCCCCAUGCAGACUCAAAUUAGUGAGUUCAUUAAAGAGCUACCUGAAGAUUGCAGAGGGAGAUGGGAGAGUUUUGUAGAAGAGACGCUGACGGAAACGAACAGGAGGAAUACAGUGGAUUUGGUGAGCACUCACCAUCUGCACUCUUCUAGUGAGGAUGAAGACAUUGAGAGUGCUUUUCCCAAUGAACUUUCUCUCCAGCAGGCCUUCUCCGAGUACCAGAUCCAGCAGAUGACAGCUAACUUUGUGGAUCAGUUUGGCUUUAACGAUGAGGAGUUUGCAGACCAGGAUGAUAAUAUCAAUGCUCCCUUUGACAGGAUCGCAGAGAUCAACUUCAAUAUCGAUGCUGAUGAUGACAGUCCCAAUGCUUCCCUUUUUGAAGCCUGCUGCAAUGAGCGGAUCCAACAAUUUGAUGAUAAUGAGGAGGAAGAAGAUAUCUGGGAAGAGAAGGAGAUAACCUAUGCAACCCAAGUUAAAUCAAGAACACGAUUUGGAGCAUCUCAGACCUCAGAGAGUUCAUCAAAAAGCGAUCUUGAGAACGGAGAUCAUGAUGGUAGUGUGGACUCCGAAGAAGAGGAGGAAACAGAACAGCAGCCACCUCCUUCCUCAGCAAACAACAACAAGAAUAAUGUUUCUGAGCAGAAAGACUCUGACUCCUCUGAAGGGUCGGGAUGGACAGCCGUGUUCGAGCCCGUGAACGCGAAGCCCCCCGCACCCUGCGUUGCCAUGGAUGUUGGCUCGAGCGUGUGGGAUUCGGCAGCCCCCGAGAACACCACGCCAGAGGAGAAAGGAUGGGCAAAGUUUACAGACUUCCAACCGUUCUGUUGCUCAGAGUCAGGUCCACGGUGCAGUUCUCCCGUCGACACCGAGAGCAACGAUUCAGACGGAAACCUGAAGCAAAGUCAAGACAAGAACUUCAGCGCUGCCUCUCCCUGUGUUUGGAACGUCUGUGUCACGAGGAAAGCGCCGCUGGUGGCCUCAGACAGCAGCUCCUCUGGAGGCUCCGACAGCGACGAGGAGGAGGACAAAGCUGAUAUCGUCACAGAAACCAUCAGCACGGGCUCAGGCCAGGAAACCAUCAAGCUGACCAUGGAUGCUAAAAACGAGAAGGCUGUUUUCACCAGCGAUGCAGACUGCAUGGUUAUUGAUAAGCUGGCCAUCACUGACAUCGGAACGACAAAACCAUCCAAACCCCUGAACAACGUGGCCCAGCACGCAGAGGAGCACCAGAACACCGCCACGGUUGUCACAGCAGUCACGGAAACGGCCACAAAAGACAGGAAAGAAGAAGCCUUGCCCUGUGCUGAAGCCACAUUAAAUGGCCCUGCUUGAUGAAACAGAUGCAAUGGGACGUGUGUGAUCCAGGCCAGGCUGCUACCUGGUGAUGCAAUUUGUCAAUUAUUUUUUUUUUUUUUUCAUUUUAAUUUUAUUUUUUAAUAAAUGCUGCAUUGAUGAGAGAGCUGGCAUUCAGGACCAGACACGCAGUUUCAACACCAACAAUCUGUUCUGAAAGACACUUGCAUUGUCUAAAUGUAGCAUUGAUCAGUUAGUCAUCACAGGAAUGAUGGGGUUCUUCCCAAGCAAGCCUUCUGCCUAAUUUUAGUUCCUUGUCCCCUUCCCUCUCUCCCUUGUUUUUGUUUUGUAUUUGGGGUUCAGUCCUAUUUUCUUAGUGUUAUUGCACACAGUAUUCAGCUUCUCUUCAGAAAGGUAGCAGGUCUAACGCUGGGACUUGGACAGUGCACAAGAGUCCCGCAGUCGUGUGACCAAAGUUCCUGAUGGAGCUGUCUUUGGGCAGCAUUUGCACCGCUUUUGUAUAGCAAUAAAGCCUUAUCAGAAACAUUUCAUAGGAGGAAAAGAUGCAAACACUUUAAAUGGGAUGAAGCAGGGAGGGAUUUUAUUUUACAUUUUUGUGGGGUGGGAGGGAAGUCAUUGACGUUGUCCCAAGCCAGAGGCCAAGCGGCUAACUUGCUGUAAUGCUGAACUGUCUUGAGAAAUGGGAAGUCUCUGCAUUCCAGUGAAUUGCUCAGUGCUCUCUCCUCUGGAGAUGUGACAGUUUGCUGCGGGAUCUCGGGUCGGUUAGCAAUUGGUCUCUUCUGUCCGAGCCAUCAAAACUCAACUUCCCGGAUGUCAUCCUCCGUUGGCUGGAGAGUAUGCAAAGAAGGUAGCGUGUUGUUUGCCAGCUAAGAGGAUAAUGAUCCACUGGACUGCUGCCGUGCAGGAGCGAGAGCAGAUAUGGCACAAACAGGUUAUCAGGUGUUUGCUGGCUUUUUGGAGACUAAUGUAUUUUCAAAUUAUUAUGGAAAUCCUUUUCUGUUUGUUUUGUUCUGUUUUUAAAGUUUUUAAUGGAUGCAGGAACAGCAACACUUUUGCACUUUGUACCUAGUGACAACAUUGGAGAGUGAAACGGCCCCAGCACAGGACUCCUCCUGUUACUCCCCGGGUAGUCGGUCACGGAGAAGUUUUGGGGGGAUGGGGACUGGGGGGACACACGUACCCACUGCCUUGGGAUAGAGAGUAAAACAUAAUGGAGAAAUGGACUGCGCUUCAGACUGCCUGGGAGCAAGGUCGGUUGAAGGUGUGUGCUUGACUCUGGAACACAGGAUCUUCUGCCUAGGCUGAAGGACCUACUCCUGUAAGGACCGUCCCAGUUUCAGACACUGGUCUGCACUCAGCGGUGCUGGCCUCUGCUUUGAGCUUGUUCCCAGACCGGACUUGUGCACAUAGAUCAUACGGGUGUAGGUGUUGGGCCACUUGCAGAAGCAGGCUCGGGCUGGUAACAGCAGGUCGCCGCGGCCGGUGCUCCAGUGCUUGUUCUCUACCCCCGUAGUGUAGAUACGGAGCUGGGCCUGCUUUUGUGUGUAAGCUGUAUGCCGAAAUCCACCUGUCAAAUGUUAAACGCCGCUUCUUUUAUUAGUCCGAGACCUAAGCUGGAAAAUCAUUCACUUUGGAAUAAAAGCAUGAAGCUUGACACGUAGGUAGCCAAAUAGCUUAUUUUCAGAUAUAUUCUCACUUGUGCAUAAUGAGGGACUUUACCCUGUGAGUAUGAAAAAGUACCUCACCCAGAUCUGUUGUUAUGAGCAAAGGCAUCCUAGCCAGACUUCAGUCUUUUAAAAAAUCCUUUAUUUUUAACUGUGAUAUGUAUGUAGUGCAUAUGAAAUUUUCUUAACUGUAUUGAGAGGUGGUGUGGGGGGGGGAUGAGAUGAACAAAACGUUUUCACUCUUCGAGUCAGUCUGUUCUGCUGGAUCAGUAUCCGACGGUGACGUACCCGCAGCACGGGGUUAUCCUUGUGUGCCCAAAGAUAAAACAUAUUUUCAUUUUUGCUCUUAGGGAAAACUGAGGAUUUGCUUUGCUGGAAUACCAGAUAGGGAGCUCGCAGGGCAGAAAGCGGGAUGAGAUUUCUGCGUGCAUCUUGGAAGUUGUGUGCUAGGGUUGUGGGCCGCUUGUAUGCUGCUGACAUAGCUGUGGUUUCUCUCAGCUGCAAUUACUCGGUAAGCAGGUGCUUUCGUGGCACAGUACUGUUGCUCUGGAAGUCUUCUCACUCGCUCCUUGUAAUUUAACAUAAAUAAUUUAAGGUUACAUUGCGCUGGGAGGAAAAGUCUCUGCUUUGGUUACCCUGCUUGCUAUUUGGAGAUCAAUCCCCCCCCUUAGCCAGGAUUAUCAGAAACAAUUAGUGGGUUUGAGUUGCUAAUUGGAAGCACAUUAAAGUCUUAAUUUUCAGAGGAUUGGUGCUAGAGUUUUUCUGAAAUUCAGGUUCUCUUUGGGCAUUCUUUAAACACCCAAGAACGAUACUAUGAAGGCCAAAAAAUCAUUAAUCUAAUACAACAUCAGCACAGCUUAGUCCAGCAGCUGGUUGAAGACCAUGAUUGGGCUUCAGUCCCAUUAAAUACCAGGCGAUGGCAAUAGUUCUCGUCCAGUCCGUUCACAUUCACGGUUCUUGGCUGUGGUGCUCGCGGGUUCCACCAUGCUACGAUUAUGACCAAGUCCAUUCAGGAUCAAGAGAUGAAGGGGAAAUGUCCAUAGCAGGCAGGAUUUGAUCAUCCUUCUGGCUUGACACGUUUUCAGCCACCCUUGAAACGGAUAAAUGAUCUUUGCAUCUUUGCGUUAGGUUCUGUCAUAGACAGGGCUCACCUUACAUCACCUCGAGCCGUGCUGGCCGAUGUUGCAAGAAUACCGAUUAGCUGUACCCGCCUGAUCUGUUUGUGACGCCUUGGUUUGGGGAGCAGUAACCUCCGCCUGGACAGCGGUACGGAACAGCCGGCAGCAACAGCAUCCUAAACGUUUCAGAGCUGCACGCGAGGCCGCGCCUGUGCCUUUCGUUGCAGGUUCUGAACUUGUCAUUCGUUAGCUUUUGGCUUUGAGUCUAUACAUUUAAAUGAAAGCUUUAAUAAUCUAUUUAAACAUAUCCAGUAAGCAGAUCUAAAAACACAGUUUAGCUCCUGAGGGGCUCGUUAUCUAAGUGUGUUAAUUUGAUUACUUGUGUCCAGCUACUUUUGCGAUAAGAUGUUUUACCGGUGGUUGGAUUUGUAGAAAUGCACAAGCUCUCUCGCUUUUGUGACAGUGAAUGAUUCCUCCACGUUUGGGUUUUAAGCUCCGAAUUAUGCCUCAUUGUUCCUCAUCCUUGUACGUUGGAGUUUGCAGAUCAGAACAGAUCCGGAAUCAGGUGGUGGUUUCCUUGCCUGGCUCAGGUAAACCGUGCAUAAAUUUCUUUCCCGUUGUGAGGUUGAGCUUCCCGUCCCCCUGGAGUCACAGCGGAUGUGCAGAGUUGGUCCCCGUCGCUGUCUCAGCUGUCUCCUCGCCGUCCCAAGGCUCUGUGACUGGUUUUGGGUGGCUGUAGGACACAGCGCGCAGGGACUCGGCCGAGCCCUUUCCGCAGGUCAGGCCGUGCCCCUGUCUGUGCCCCGUGCCGUGCUGUCCCCGCAGCCGUUGUUCACGGUGGCAUUUGGGGGCUCUUACCUUCUCCCCCGGUAGCCGUGUGCUCUAGGGAGGGACUGUCGCCCCAGGGUGGGGCAGGACGUGUUGUCGACUCAAAAUGCAUUUACGUCACCCAGCUGUACCCCUUAAAAACCCCUCGGCUUGCUUUGAUACCUGGUCAGAGAGCGGCGAAGACUAAACAGAAGUUAUAUUCAGCACUGUCCUUUCUCAUUUAUGUGCAGUAUUUUGAGUCUGUCCAUAUCAUUAGGGUAUAUAUAAUUUUAGGUUUGAAUAUGUAUACUGAUGAGUGUGUAUAUAGAUAUAUAUUUGCAAUAUGUAUUAUUCCAUGUAUAUUUAUACACACACAGUUGGAUAUUGUGAGGAACCUGGUGAAGCAGACACUCGGAGCACAAUGAGCCUGAAUUUUAUAUCUGCGUAGAGCGUAGAGCUCCCGUGAUCAAUAGCACCUCAUCGACAAACAUUCGUUGCACAAGACCAAAACCAGCAAGGCGUACCUUACUGCGGGGAUGGUUCUGCUGGAACAUUCUAGUUCAACCCUGCUACCCAGCUGGGCGUUGAUGUGGGGGAUUACAGGAGAGCGGUGGCUUGCGCGGUGAUCCCAGUGGUGUUCCCGGGAUCCCGGUGGUGGUCCUGGCGUCCCUGCUGCUGCAGAGCCGUGCCCACGUGCUUUCACACUGGGAGAGGAGGGGGCCUGUUCUGCACAAUUAGCAAUUAAAAAGCGAUCAGCCGACACUAAAUAAUUCUUGAAUCGUAGCACAUUUGUCUCUGGCUGGUUGGGCUGUGGGAAAACACGCUGCUUUGGAUGAUCCGGCCGUUCGGGCAUCCUGCCAUCAUCACAUCAGAUGACCGUUUCCAGGCGUCCAAACUCCUGUGCUCGGUACCUGGGUGUUAAGCUGCGGGGGGAGCAGAGCGGUAGGGCUUGUCAUCAGAAAACCCUGUGCUGCAGAGAGAUCGUUUGGAGCCACAGAGAGGUGAUCCGAUAGCAGAUAAAAAAGUGGUUUGGGUUAAUUAUUUCUGUUGCUUGCUACAGGCUUUUAAUGCUGGUGCAGGGAUGACAGCACGGUGAGCAGGGUGGUUACGAAUCCGCUUCAAACGGGGGGAGAUCUGGAGGUGGGUCCGUGGGUCUGAAGUCCCUCGUGCCGUCCCAACGAGGUGGGGUCCUCUCUAAAAUGGUAUCCACCAACUUCAAAUUAGAGUUUAGGUGCGACAGUCCUUUGAAGGAAAGCAGUCAAGGAACAUGAUUGUAGUUUGUUCAACAGUUUCACCAGUCUUCUAACAAAAUUUCCCCCCCCACAAAUAUAAUUUAUUGCUGCUUCUCUUCAGUCAUAACAGUUAUGGCAGGCAAAAUCCCAGUUAUUCAUCUGGAUAAUGCGUUCUCAGCAAAGCCCAAUAGAAAUUUCGUGAGUGUCCCAAGGCUUUGCCUCCCUUAUUGCUUUUUAGAGUGCAGCAGUUGGCAAGCAGAAUGGAAAACCAGUGGGUGCACAAAUUUAAAAAAAAAACCCAAAACAACCCCAAAACCAAUGACAAAACCCCACAGUGUUCCUCUCAGCAUCUCUUUGAAAAGGCUCAGGCAUCCCCGUUUGCCAGUGGGCAGGUUUGGGUAUGGUGCAGUGUGCAAGGUGGCUGAUAGUUAAGGGACGUUCCUAAAGAACAUAUCUAAAGGAAGAAAGUUAAAAUGGCUUUAUCGUUUCCUGCUGGCUUCCCAAAGUCAUUUUUCCAAGAAUUAGCCAGUCAGCGUAAUUGAAAUCCUUACUGAUCAGUGGCAUAACUCAGAGCAGAUCUUGGUGCAAGGCACUAAAGGUUUACACCACGGCGUAUGCUCCUUGGCGUUCCACUCUCAGCUUAAUCCUUCCGGCCACGGAGCGCCGUGACUUCCCUCCUUCCCCCCGCCCGGUUAGAGCCGUGCCCGAGAAGGAUGCAGCCUGGGGCUCCAGGUGCGGGUUACACCUCGCUCCGUGCGCUUCGCUGGCACUGCGCUGUCUUCACUAGCGUUGGCGUCAGUGUUUACUAGUAAAGCUUUUUUCCGACUUCCCCUUCGGUUGUGCUAAGCACCGUCCUCCUGCAGUGGUAAUCCCAGUGAAGCUGGAACAGCCCCGUUUUCUUCCCUUGUUCGGUUUAUCUGGUGGGGGAAACAGCUGCUGUAUGGCAGAGUCCCCGAAUCUCUGCAGCUCUUAAAGACCAGAGGGGUUUGCCGGUCGUGGUGGAAGAAGCGCAACAAAUUCUUGGAAGUCCUCUGGUACUGACUGUGCAAUCUGAUGUCCCCUGGGACUUUGUGAGAGAGGAAAGUCCUGCAUCCUGGCUGCCAGAGUAAUUACACUCGAUAAAUAAAAUCAUUCGAUAUUUUUGCAAUGUAAUGCUUGACUUUUUUGAUGCCAUACAGCAGCUCAUCCCGCAAUUUCCAGUCAUUGAAGUAAUAGGUUUUCUUCUCCUCUUGCUCUUCCCAAAGCAGUGAUCUCACCCUGAAUCACGUUCAGAAAUUAUAAACAAUUGAUUUUGUUGUUACAAGAGGUUUUGCUGGCAUUAGAAAAAGAGACAAAACGAAACCUGCUGUUUAGGAUGGUAUGCUCAUUCUCUUUGUUGUGGUGGUGGUGGUGGUGGUGGUUUUUUACCUGGCAUCUCUUCUCUCUGAAAUCCUCUUUGGCCACGUACUCUUGUUCUGAAAACAUCUGUACCUCCGGUUGCCAGCUCUCACGAGACCAGCGUAACACACUGCCGUGCUCUUUGGCCAGCACCAGCUUUAAAAGAAAACCUUUUCAGAUGCUCUCCCUGAAGGAAAA